AUGUACAACAUACCAUUAACUACCGGUAUCGGUUACCUUAAAUCACUUUUCAGUACAUCGAGCAACAGUCAACUCAAAAUGGGUCCUCGGAAGAGAAAACUUGAGAGAAAUUUACUCGCAGCUCUCAUCGCUCUAUCUAUCUUCUCCCUCAUAAUAUUCAUAACACUCCUCUGCCAACUCAAAAACUUUCUACUUACCGAAAAUCCUCUCUUCCAACCAAAAGCCACUCACUUCAACACCCAAGAGCCCAUCCCCAAUGAGCCCAUAAACGCAAACCCAAAUCCUCUCGCUCCCCACCAGCAUAUCGAACCCCCUCAAGCAAAUCAGCCAGAAAUGAUAAAUUACUUCAACUCCCGCUUCCACGGCAUCCCGAAUCUUCAACAUUUAAGAAUCCAAGUUCGAGAAAACAUGGAUGCGAUUUUCGAGGGUAAGGUGUUGCCCUGGCCGGAGGUUAUGGAGAGGGGGUUUGCGUAUACGACGAUGGCGGAGAUUGAUCGGGAGGUGGGGUUACAGAGACGUCGAAUCCGAGAUCUUGAACCGGUUGCGCAAGAGGGGAAUGCGAUGGAAGUGUAUCCUCGUGAGCGAGGUGAUACCCCGGAGUGGAUGUUGGCGCUUUUCGAAAAUGGAAAUGGAUAUGGAAAUGCAGUUGGAAAUUCAACCACAUCUUUUCUCCACAAGCACGACGAGCAAAACAGCAGAAACGAAAAACUUACCUGUCCAAUCUGCACAGAUGAACUCCCUGCCAAAGUAUCGAUUGCCAAACCGUGUAAACAUCGCUUUUGCAUUCAGUGUUUGGAGGAUUGGAUGGUGCAUUUGAGGGGGAGGGAUGGGGGAAGGGGAAAGGGACAGAAAAUUAGAUGUCCGGUUUGUGCGAGGGAGAUUAGGAGGGUGGGGAGUGGAGGGGGGUUGAUGGAUAGGGUUGGGGAGGCGUUGAGGAGGGGGUAG